UGGAUUGAAACCAAAGUUUUUAACGAAAUAAAUAUAAACAUGAAAAUGAAAGGGGAAUUAGACACGGAGAAAACAAAUUUGUUUUUGAAAUUAGAUCAAACUAAUAAACAAGAACAACAAGCGAUUGGUAUUAUCAACACAGAAAUUCUAUCAAAGUUAAAUAUAUCUCUUGAUAUAUUACCACCAAAAUGUCACGAGCUUAUAUCAAAAGUAGCAACAGAACAAGUAGCAUUGGGUGUUAACUGUUUGGACCCAAUUGCCAUUUCUAUUCAACAAUCUCGACAGUUAUCUAAAAAUUUAGAAGAGGAAUACGAAAUAUUGAAAUUGAAACUUAAGAACAAGGAGUUGCAAGUCAAAAUCGAUCGUAACCAAAGGUUCAUGGAUGAUCUAAGGAAGGAAUUGGAAAGCUCAAUAGAAUCUUUAUCCAAACAGUCUCCAAACCCUGAUAAUAUACAGGAAUGUAUAAAACAAAUGAAACAGAAAGUUUCAUCGUAUGAAGAGUCGUAUAAAAAGGCUACCAUGAAGUUUUCAAAGCUCUCAGUACCGGAUUCAGUACUACCGAAGUCUCUGCAGACACAAUUGGCCACUUUGGCCUCGUUACGGGAAGAAGAGACAAUGUGGCGGCAGCGAGCUGAUGAUGUACUCUUCACCAGACAAGCUAGGGACGCGUUCAGGAGACGAAAAUGA